CAUACAUACACUUGUUUGUAUCAUACAUACAUAUGCAGACACAGCUGGCUGUCUGGCUUAAAACUUUCUUUCAUUUACAAAAAAAAGACUUAAUUUUUUCUGUACAUAUCGUGUAAAGUUGGUCAAAAAGUUUGAAGGACAAGUCACUUUGGACUGCAAAUACUAAUCACCUUCCAGUCAUUCCUGGACUUUCUCAAUUAAAAAUGGAAUAUCCAGAAAAACCUCCGCCUUCUUAUGACGAGACGUUUCCGGAAGUUGUUCAAAAUAGCUGCACAAGUACCGCAGACAGUGAGCGUGGUGGGAAUGACGAUGAAAAUAAUAGUACCAGCACAACCGAUCUACUUUUUGAUGUGGAAAACGCACUCAAAUUUGUUUCAAACAUUGAUGUGAUCACUGUGCCAGUACUCACACAAUUGCUUUCCUCGGAUUACGAAACGAGCAAUAGUCCUCCAACCAAAAAAUACAUAGUUCUGGACCAUGAGAAUGGUGCCGAGAUUUUCCACUGUCUUGACAUUUCGGGAAGAAGGGGGGACCCGAACAUUAGGGGAAUUACGUUGACACUUCCACCACCUGGGGAGAAAAGUGUACUUCACUGCGGUUAUCUAUACUCACCUACAUUUUCGACCCUGGAAUUUUCCUCGCCGACUGGGCGUGUAGGCGUUUUUCAGAGAGAUGGGUUUGGAAUGGGGUUGCUUUGUCCUUGUAUUUGUCUCUGCUGUUGUCUACCUAUUGCUACAGCCUCCAUAAAGAGCUGCUCAACGGGGGAACCACUUUUGGUCGGGAAUGCUUAUCUGUUCCCGAGGAAGAUUGACAUAUCAAGACCAUCGCAUCUGGGAGGGUUUAAAAUUGGAAGUGUGAAUGUAGGCGAAAUUCACCUCAAUCAAAGUGUGCAAGUAAAGUUGGAAGAAUGUGCUUCUCCAAAUGAAAAAUUAUUAGUUAUUGGACUAGCUGUUGGAAUGAUGGACUAUGAGCAAUUUCAUAAGGCACGAGGUGGAUAUGGUUAUCAAUCAAUGGGAUCUUCCUAAUGCACCAAAAAGAUUUAGGUCAAUAAUAUGUGAUCAAGAAGGUGACACUACUUUUUGCGUUGAUGACGUCUCUUCCUGUUUUAUGUACCUGCAGAUUAUUUUUACUUUUACCAAAAACUCAUGUUACGUCAAUGAGAAAUAAAUAACACGAGUCGGAAAUAUUUUUUAUGUGACAAUAUGUUUAUCGAUGAUAAAUCUUUCGCCCCUUUAUAUUUUAAUAAAUGCCGUAUAAAAAUGA